CGGAGCCGCUCUGUCUGGCAGCAGAACUCGCUGGUGACCGGGAGCCGCUCUAGCCUGUGCUGCGCUCGGAGUCUAUGAUAUGCCGUCAGCCGGGCUCUGCUAGUCUCUUUGGUGCAGGCGGGGUGCUGGGCCGGACAUGGCUGCUGCGGCACUCUUCCCGGCCUUGUAGAACUACUGCUCCCAGUAUGCUUGCUAGAGAGUGACCCCCUAGGAGCCGGGGCGUAGUCACUAAUCUCCCCGCCCCCUGUGACAGCCCCGCCCUCCCAGGGAGGACCCCGCCCCCAGCGAGUGACGUCAGUCGGUACGAAGAGGCGACCUGGCCGCUACCAUGGCGGCGGCUGCUGGGCCGGGAACUGGGAACUGCGACCCCGUGAUGGCGGAGACCGUGUGACCGGCCCGGGAGGCGAGGGGGCACCGACUGCGUAAUAUCUCAUAUGUGGACUGAGCCGUGAGAUGAGCGACGCCAUGGUGGAACCAGUAGCAGACCAGCUCUCUGGCGAGGUGGCCUCACAAGCUAACAGUGGGACCCCCCUUGGCGUCAUCACAGAGGGUGUGGUGGAGCUGUCUCUGGUCAUAGACCCAGACGUGGCACAGAAAGCCUGCCAGGAUGUCCUGGAGAAGGUGAAACUCAUACAUGGCUCCUCCUUGGAGAACCUGGAUCAUGUAGACGAUGACAGCCAGGAAGACGCAAUGGCCAAUGGGAACUCAAGCAAGAAACCGGAAGAGCCUGCUGUCUCCAUCACCAGAUGUAGAAUCUCUGAGGAGGACGAGUCUCUGAUGGACAUCAAUAGCGUGAAGAACGCCCGGCGGAGGCAGAAGAACAAUUCCGCUAAGCAGUCCUGGCUCUUGCGUCUGUUUGAGUGCAAGUUGUUUGACGUAUCCAUGGCCAUUUCAUACCUUUAUAACUCCAAGGAGCCCGGGGUGCAGGCCUACAUCGGCAACCGACUCUUCUACUUCAAGAACGAGGACGUGGACUUCUAUUUACCGCAGCUUCUAAACAUGUACAUUCACAUGGAUGAGGACGUGGGGGAUGCCAUCAAGCCCUAUGUGGUCCACCGUUGCAGGCAGAGCAUAAACUUCUCCUUGCAAUGCGCUUGGCUUCUGGGGGCCUAUUCCUCGGACAUGCACAUCUCCACGCAGCGCCAUUCCCGGGGGACCAAGCUACGUAAAGUCAUUCUCUCUGAUGAGCUGAAGCCGGUUCACAAGAAGCGUGAGCUGCCCCCGUUGAGCUUAGUUCCGGAUACCGGCCUAUCCCCGUCCAAGCGGACUCACCAGAGGUCCAAGUCCGAUGCCACCGUUAGCAUCAGUCUCAGCAGCAACUUAAAGAGGACGGCGAGCAACCCCAAGGUGGAGAACGACGAUGAGGACCUCUCCUCCAGCUCGGAAAGCCUCGAUAGGUCCUUCUCCUCCCCUGUGCGGCUCGCUCCGGAGAGGGAGUUCAUCAAGUCUCUCAUGGCCAUUGGGAAGAGGCUGGCCACCCUCCCCACCAAGGAGCAGAAGACCCAGCGGCUCAUCUCCGAGCUGUCUCUGCUCAACCACAAGCUGCCCGCUCGCGUCUGGCUUCCUACGGCCGGCUUCGACCAUCACGUUGUGCGAGUGCCCCACACCCAGGCUGUGGUGCUGAACUCCAAGGACAAGGCUCCCUAUCUCGUCUACGUGGAGGUUCUGGAGUGUGAGAACUUUGAGACAUCCAUAGUCCCAGCUCGGAUCCCUGAGAACCGUAUCCGGAGUACCCGCUCUGUGGAGAACCUUCCGGAGUGCGGCAUCACCCAUGAGCAGAGGGCCAGCAGCUUCACCACUGUCCCCAACUAUGACAAUGACGACGAGGCCUGGUCUGUGGAUGACAUCGGGGAGCUGCAGGUGGAGCUACCGGAGCUACACACCAACAGCUGUGACAACAUCUCCCAGUUCUCCGUGGACAGCAUCACCAGCCAGGAGAGCAAGGAGCCGGUCUUCAUCGCGGCCGGGGACAUCCGGCGCCGUCUCUCGGAACAGCUGGCUCACACACCCACCACCUUCCGCAGAGAUCCGGAGGAUCCGUCCGCUGUGGCCCUAAAGGAGCCCUGGGAGGAGAAAGUCAGGUAUGGAAGCCUGUAGCGUUGUCUGUGUAUC